CUUCCGGUCCCACAGCCCCCGCUCGUCUCCACUCUGCAAGCAGCAAAACCCAGCCAGUGCACCCACUGGUUUCAGCUUUCCAGCUUCCAUUUCCACCCUCCUCUAUAAAAAUCCAAGCCCGUGCAAGUUCCAAAACCAUAGCCAUCCUAGUCCUGGCACACCACUCUCGCUCGCACUCCUCGUCGGCGUGGUUCGUUCGUGGUUGCGGCUUUCCGCGAAGCGAAGCGCCGUCCACGGUACGUGUAGAGGUAGCAAGCCAGAGCCACUGUUGCUGAUCGAUCGGCCGGUAUGGCCGGGAGUGCGAGGUCGUCGGCGGCCGCGAAGCACGCGUACCGGAUGUUCGCGCCGUCCAGGGGCGGCGGCGCCGCGACGAGGGGGCCCGGCGCUGGCGCCGCGGAGGAGUUCGACGAGUCGGACGUCGUCUGGGGCUCGUUCGGCGGCGGCGGCGGCGCGGACUCCCACUCCAGCCCCGGGGCGGAGCUGCAGGCCGCGGCCGGCUGGGCGCGCCCGAUCCCCGCCUCCCGCGCCGGGGCCGGGCGGAAGAAGCCCGCCGCCGUGGACGGCGGCGGCGCGGCGGGGUCGCUGCCGAUGAACAUACCGGACUGGCAGAAGAUCCUCGGGGUCGAGUACCGGGACCACUACCGCGCGGGCGAGUGGGAGCCUGACGCGGACGACGACGACCACGGCAGGGCGCGCGGCGGCGGCGGGGCCGGGGCGGAGAUGGUGCCGCCGCACGAGCUGGCGUGGCGCAGCCGGGCCGCGUCGAUGUCGGUGCACGAGGGGAUCGGGAGGACGCUCAAGGGCCGCGACCUCAGCCGCGUCCGGGACGCCGUCUGGAAGAAGACCGGCUUCGAGGCGGACUGACCUGAUCGUCGGUGAUCCGCCGCCGCGCCCGCGCCGGCGGGGGAUGAGCGCGCGCGGUUGCCGGUUGGUGUUGGUGUAGGUAUUAUCGGUAGGUUAGAAAAUGAGCAGUGCUGCUAAUUUCUUAUCUCUUGAUUUCUUUCUCUCUCUUUUUUUUUUGCCCUUGCUAUCAUCACUUUUCCAUUUUUUUUUCCUUUUGCGUUUCCAUGCUUGUAAGGGGAAAAAGUCGGGGUAGUAAGCUUUUUCUUGUUUUUGUUCGUGUUGAUGCGAGCCAGAGGGUUGGGUGUUCGUUAUUCAUGGUGUGACAAUUUUAAGGGCACCUGGAGAAAAAGGACGAAUUUGUACAACCGAUCAGUUGGUUGAUCAUGUCUUUUUUUUUUUGUCCUUCUCUAAUGAAAAAUUUCAAUUUUUUCCA